AUGCCAACCACAACCGCUGAGACGCUCUCACUCGUGACGCGCAAUGUAUCCGUCGCACCUCUCGUUCUCCUCUCUGCUGUCGAUCAUUACAACCGCACCGCCCAAGGCAACAAAGUCAAGAGGAGAGUUGUUGGUGUCCUGCUGGGCCAGAAUGAUGGCAAGAAUGUGAGAGUGUCGAACAGCUUCGCAGUCCCAUUUGAGGAGGAUGAGAGGGACCCAUCCGUGUGGUUCCUCGACCACAACUACGUCGAGUCUAUGAACGACAUGUUCAAAAAGAUCAAUGCACGAGAGAAGCUGAUAGGAUGGUACCACUCCGGUCCUAAGCUGCGCGCAUCCGACUUGGAGAUCAAUGAGCUCUUCAAGCGUUAUACACCAAACCCUUUGCUGGUAAUUAUCGAUGUUCAGCCUAAGGAGUCUGGCGUACCCACGGAUGCGUAUUUUGCUGUUGAGGAAAUCAAAGACGACGGUACUACGACGACGAGAACGUUUUUCCAUACCCCGUCGAUAAUCGAAGCCGAGGAAGCCGAGGAGAUUGGUGUCGAGCACCUGCUACGAGACAUCCGCGAUGUCGCUGUGGGCACGUUGUCGACGCGAAUCACAAACCAGCUACAAUCACUCCAGGGUCUUCACUUGCGCCUGCGUGACAUUGGCAUUUACCUGCAAAAAGUGCUCGAUGGCCAGCUUCCUGUAAACCAUGCCAUCCUUGGCAACCUCCAAGACGUGUUCAAUCUGCUGCCCAAUCUCUCCACCCCCGAGACUGAUGGAAAGUCCAGCGGCAGUGAACUUGCUCAUGCCAUGAGCGUUAAGACCAACGAUCAGCUUAUGACCAUCUAUCUCAGCAGUCUGAUCCGCGCCAUCACUGCAUUCCACGACUUGAUAGAAAACAAGAUUCAGAACCGCCAACAGCAGGAAGAGAAGGAUGCCAAGAAGGAGGAACUCAACACCAAGGACGAGAAGAAGACCAAUGGCUCGAGCGAUUCGGUUACGGAAACCAAAGAAAUCACGGACAAGGAGAAGGAGGCAAAGGAGAAGAAGAAAUAG